AUGGCGAAAAAGAAGAAACAUAACGGCAAAAAGAGCGGCAAUAGAUUUUUUCGCUGGAUGAGAAGUGACUUACCCGACGAAGAAGACAAGAAGACACCUGUCCUCCUCUUAGGAGUAAACAAGAUUUCUGAUUCUCCAUCAUUUGUAAGAAGAAGAUCAACAGAACCACACACAUCUGGUUCAAUAAGAUUUUUUCGUCCGCCAAAAUCUAAAUAUACGAGAGGGCUUCAUGGAGAUGAAAGAUUGGAGAAAAUUAGGCAAGAUCUUCUACUCCACAAACAUAAGCCGGAUAGGUACAUUCCAAACACAAAUCAAGAUAUUUCGUUAGAGCCUGUAACAAAAAGACCAUGUCUGAAAUUGAGCUGCGUGAGAAAUUGUAAUUGCGACAGGAGUAAAUCUUCCAAUAGAGGGUCGUUUUCCUUUCAUAGACCUGACAACCGCCAGUCUUCGCUAUGCCCGUCUGAACCUUACGGAAAGCCUGAAGAAAGGAAAGAUUUUUCCGAAAACGAUAUUGAAUAUAAAUAUACAGAAUACAUUCCAGAUCCCGAACCUUCUAGCAGUAAGCAAACCUCAUACAAUGUUACUCCCAAAUCGACGGAACGUAGACAUUUUUUGCUUUCAAACUUAAAUGAAAGAUUUCGCAAAACGCUUAGCUUAGAUUCACGUAAAAUUGAAACCAAUCGUAUACCACUGAGCUUGCCUCAAGAGCAACGACCCAAAUCUCUCGUAAAUACGAGCAAUAUUUGUGUGCAACAAUUCAAAUCAGGUGAUCCUUUCAUAUUACCAAAUUUCGAUAAGACUAGCCAGCCAAAGAAAAAACGAAAAUCGUUCUUCUCACUUGACACGUUCUUUGAUUCAAAAAAGUCCGACACAUCUUCUGUAGAUGAUUACUGUUCGUCAAAAUAUAAACGAUUUGAGUUAGAAAGCGAUGAAUCGCCACUUUUCAGACGUGAAAUUUCUCAUCAGCAGCACGGAGAGAAAACUCCGGACUUAUUAAAUUUACCAGUCAUAAUAGAUUCUGUUCGAAAGAAACAAUCGGAAACGAAACGACAGUUGGACAAGUUAGAAAGUCAUUUCUAUAAAAGCUUAAGUAAAACACAGACUGUUAUAGACGCGGUACCGAAAGACGCUACCGACGUACAAGGUCCAAGCGGACAUUCCAACCAUAUGUUCGUAUACGAUGACGACGUGGAGUACAUUGAACCUAUAAGGAGUAAUUUUACUAGUCAAAGCACUUUAAUUCUAGAUAAGAACACUCUGAAACCUGAUUCAAUAUUAACGAUUAACACAGAAGAGACUGACAUUAAACUUCCAAGCUCCACUGUUUCACCGAAAUCUAAUGAAGUUAGAAAUCUUGAUAAUGAUUUAGAUAGUAUCGGUGCUUAUGAAAUAGAAGUAAAGGAAGCCGAUUUGAUAAAAGAUAAAGCAAAGAACUUGACAGUGAAAGUGAUGGACAAAUCGGUAGAUUCUAUUGGUAGCUGUUCGCUCGAUGUAGACGCAAGUACAGACUUUUCAGAUACCACUUCAGGAAGCUUGAAUCUCCUCACGCCAUCAUCCACCAAUAGCCACAUUCGGGACUUCACGUCCCGAAUACAGGAGAGAGCUGGAUCAAAUCUACAACCGAGCUACCAGCCAACACCCACGCUCACACCCACACAAACUCCAGAGGGCCACACACCAACGCCUAGGAAAGAAAAUCUACUUAAACCUCCACCUAAACUUUACGUGGAAACUAGUAGUCAUAGGUCACGUGGAUAUCAUAAAAAACGAGAAGAAGUAACUCAAAAAAAGCCUAGUUAUUUGAACUUGGCUUGCUCAGUCAAUGGUUACACUAAUCUCACAACAUACGACUCAAAGCUACGGCAGGAUAUCAAUAAGAGUCGCGAAGCAUCACCCAUAAGGCCCAUUACACACACAUACCAGUAUAAAAGCGAAAAUAACUCUUUACUUGUUCCGGUCCCUAUUGGUGCAAACAAACUGCUUGUACCUAAUUUUAUUCCCCAUGACACUGGAACUAAUUUGACAACUAAAGCGCCUUCUAAGGCGCACACGGAUCCGUACCUGUCAUCACCAGCACAUGCUUAUAUGGCUGCAGAAAAUAAACAACUUAAGAACGAUUUUUUAGGCCCCAGCAUGAUGACGACGAGUAGACCUUAUAUAUCUAGUGAAACUAAGAAUUUCGCCACAUCAAUGCUACAUAAGGAUGAAGUCGAUAAUGCGAAAGAAAUUACAUUUAAGUCUAGUUACUCAGAAACCAAUUUCAGACAAACAGUUACGACAAAUGGCAAGGAAUCCCGGUUUAGCUCUGAAUCUUACACAAUAUCUUCAAAUUGUAUGUCGAAAAGGGUGGAGAUUACAAAAGAAAAUGGUGAGAAACUGACAAGUCCAAUGAAAAGUUUUAUUCAACAACGUGUCGAAAGACUGUACGGUCCCGGAGCACUUGCACAAGGAUUCUUUAACCAAAAACGCCUUAAAUUUAAAAGUCAUAGUGAUGAAGAUGAUUCCAAAGUACUAAUGGAGAAGUCAUUAAACUGCCCUGAUAAAUUCUUGUCUCCAAGGAAAUCCUGUAGUAACCUUGAGAGUGAAAAUAUAUAUUCUAGUCCCAAUGAAAUGGACUCCAGUGUUCUACCUGUCAUGAGACAUUUACGACCGGAAUUCCGAGCUCAGCUUCCGAUACUAUCGCCUAAGAAAAGCUUAAAAUGUGAUCUAUCUCCACAAAAGGAUCAAGACAUUCCAAAGUCCAUAGACAAGACUGAAGUAAUAGAACCAGGUCAAGGUAAAACAAGUGAAGUGUCUGUGACAAAUGGUGUAUCUGUGAUAAGUUUAGAUGAUGACAAAGAGAUUGCGGUUAAAGACCCUAUAAAUGGGAGUGUGAAAGUGAAUGGUGCUGACAAAGUGAAUGGAGAAGUUGUUAAAGAUGCACAUUAUUUCCUUGAUCUGGAAAAGAAGGAGACAGAGCGACUAAUUGCACUUGCAGCCAGCGCAGAGAAGGAGCUGGAAAUUUUGCAGAAUCAAGAGAACAUAAGUGAAGAAGUACUGGGUUUACUAAGGGCCGCGUCUGGUAAAGCACGCCUGCUAGCCACUCAGAAGAUGCAACAAUUUGAAGGCCUCUGUUACAACAACAUCAAUGAACGUCUGGACGAGCCGUUUCCUACCACAGUGGAAGAUUUACAAGGCUUCUGGGACAUGGUGUGCCUGCAGGUCCGCAACGUAGAUGCCCUGUACGAACACAUAGCAGCAAUGAAGGCUAACAACUGGCAGGAGAUCGCUUCGCCGGUGGCAAAGCCACCAACCGUAACCACUUCACCAGCACGCGGGCGCUCUAGAACGGCGCCUCGUGUCACUAACGAGAAAGCGCGGUUAGCUGCCGAGAAACGUGAAGCUGAUCGCAAGGCUAUGCUCGAGCACAGAAGACGUGUUGCACGCGAAAGACAACUGGCGGCUCGAGCGGCGACUCCUGGUAGCAGCCGUGAGAAGGAGGAUGAAAUGGGCAUUGAAGGCAGUCAGGAAGUUGAAAUAUUUGUAGGCAAAAGCGGUAAACCGGUGAAAAUCGCCCCACAAGGAGACUGUACAAGUGCCAACCAAUCUGAAGACUCCAUUAAUCAAAGCUGA